CCACUUACAAUUUGUGACAGUAAUUUAGUUGUAUAAAUUCUCUCUCUUCUUCUAUUUUAAUUUCUACCCCCCACACUCAGCCCACCUCCCCUAUAACAAGGAACCAUCCCAUUUCAGAUUCUCUCUUUAGUUUUUAGUCUGCUGUUAUAGUGUUUAUUGCUACCCCUGCCACUCUUUUUACUCAUUUUUCUGUCUUUCUUUCAACUCUUUUCUCACCAAAACUCUCAUUUCUAGGUUCAAAACUUUAGAGAAACACCAAAAAUGUAUGCAGAAACUGGUUUACUGUAUCCAUAUUUCCAGAAUUUCUGUCAAGAAGUUCAGCCAUUAGAGGAGCUUUGUUGUUACUCUCAAGAACCCACUUCAUCACUGGACAGCAUCAUCACAACCUCUACCAUCUCAGACUAUGACUUGGGAGGUGAAGGCGACCUCUUCAAAGCACCGGAGCCCAUAAUUGAAGAACCAAUUGGGAGCCUCGAUCCCAUGACUAUUGCGAUGAUAACUUGUGUAGACAAUGGCAUGCCAACUUCAGGUCUCGAAGUUGCUGACAUGGAAUCACUGCAAAAUGAGCAGCUUUUGUGUGAUGUUUUUGAUGGAUGCGAGAAUGAAUUAUUUGAGAAAACAUCAGUAGAAACAUCUGUUUGUGAUGUUCUAGACAUCAAAGUUCCUCUUAUGAUGACAAAUGAGGUUCAGACUGAAGAAAACAAAUCACUUCCUGAUUUGCCAUUUUCAAAAUGUGGUAGCUCAGGAUCCUUAAACUCAAUGGAAUGGGUAAGUAGCGCCACAAUGAGGCCAAAUUUCUUAGAUUUUCCUGAAAUGGAUUUUGGAGCUGCGUAUGGGAUGAGGAGGGCAUUCAGUGAAGGAGACAUAAAGACUCUCGCUAGUGGUAAUAUAAGUCUCAUGCAUUCUCCUCUCCAGCGGCCGCUACAAAUUGGCAAUUGCCCUUCGGAAGAACGCUUGCAGAAGCUCUCCAGAUACAGAAACAAGAAAUCAAGGAGGAACUUUGGCCGGAAAAUCAAGUAUGCCUGCAGGAAAGCUCUAGCUGACAGUCAGCCAAGGAUCCGUGGAAGAUUUGCAAAGACUGAAGACACUGAUAGUUGCAAGAAGCAAUGAGUAAAGCAACAGAAGAUCCGAACAAGCAAAUGUAGGGAAGAACAUAGAUAGAUUUUGGAAAAUAACGGACUUAAAAAAUGGUAGUGGUUUAAGGGCAAAGCAUCUAUGGAGAGUAUAUGAUCCACAACCAUAUAUAUCAGGCUGUGCCUAAUAAGUGUUAAGGCCACUAACGCCUAAAGCAAAGGAAUGCGCUAGCUAAGCUUAUUUGUUGUAAUAAAUUCCUGUCUAGAUUUAGCAUCAUUAGCUGGUUUAGUUUAGAGUUGUACAUAGGGAAUGAGGUAAAGUUUGAAGAUGCUAGUAACUGUUACCAUCAGUAUGUAUGUAGUGAAAAUGAUAAUGUCUGCUGUUACUGUACCCCUUAUGCACUGUUUCAUUUUUGUU